UUCAUAAUAAGAUUUCAAUGGCUAUGAAAUAUUAUUCCCCACAAGUUUUUAAUAGUUUACUUUACAGUGCUUUGGUGUUAUACAUUCAAGUAACAUAUAUAACGGUGUUAUAUCGAACGCAGAAACGAAAAGGUUUCUUGACAGGGAUAGGGGACACGUUGUACAGGACCUUUGUGGCUGUAUCUGAUUCUUUCAUCGCGAUAUCUUGCAGUCAGGGUUGCUAACUUAGCUAACUUAAGUAACUUAGCUUAUGUGUAGAAUGCAAUGUAGCUAGCCUCACGUGACACCCAAUCAUCUACUGAAGGAGCAUCUUGGGGACAUUAAAAUGGGAUUACUGAAUAUCGUUGACCAGUCUCCGUUGGUCCAGGCCAUAUUCAGCCGUAAUGCUGAGGAAGUGAAGUUUCUGUUGCUCCACCAGGAAGAUGUCAACUCCCUGGACCAAGACCAUCGUAGCCCGCUACAUGCUGCUGCUUAUCUAGGAGAUAUCCAAAUUAUGGACUUGCUCAUCAGUUCAGGUGGAGAUGUAAAUGCCAAGGACCAGAGUUGGCUGACGCCUCUACAUCGAGCAGCUGCCUCAAGGAACAAGAAGGCUGUUUGCUUGCUCCUGAAUCAUGGAGCAGAUGCAGACACAAAAGACAAAUCCUGGCUCACACCUUUACACGUGUCAGCGGCUAACUGGGCUAUAGGCUGCGCAGACGCUCUCAUACCACACCUUACCAGCCUGGAUACUGCUGACAAGUCAGGGAGAACAGCCCUGCUUCAUGCAGCCUACAGUGGGCAGGACGAGAUGGUGGAUCUGCUUCUCAAAAGAGGAGCUAGCGUUGGUGUCGGUGACGAGAAGGAACGGCAGCCAAUACAUUGGGCUGCAAACCUAGGACACUUGGAGAUAGUGAAGCUGUUGGUAGGUCGUGGCGCUGACGUGAUGUGCAAGGACACACAGGGCUACACCCCUCUGCAUGCUGCCGCUGGAGGGGGGCAGCUGGACGUGGUGAAGUACCUGCUAACACUCAACGUCGAGAUUGAUGAGGGCAACGUGUUCGGGAACUCGGCCCUUCACAUGGCGUGCCAUACAGGACAGGAGGCCGUCGCCAUUGAGCUCAUGAACUGCGGUGCCAACGUCAACCAGACCAAUCACCAUGGUUACACGCCACUGCAUCUGGCAGCCAUCUCCACCAGUGGGACACUUUGUCUGGAACUACUGGUCAAUAAUGCCGCAGACGUCAACAUACAGAGCAAGGAAGGGAAGAGCCCUCUGCAUAUGGCUGCUAUCCAUGGACGCUUCACUCGCUCCCAGAUCCUUAUCCAAAAUGGUGCAGAGAUUGACUGCACGGAUAUGCAUGGAAAUACUCCCCUUCAUGUGGCUGCUAGGUUUGGGCACGAGUUGUUGAUCGUCACCUUGAUAUCCAAUGGUGCUGACGUAGCCAAACAAGGGAUCGAUGGGAUGCUCCCUCUGCAUCUGGCCGCACUCUACGGCUUUCCCGACUGUUGUCACAAGCUAUUAACCUCAGGUCAGUUGUACAAAAUGACGCCGUCUCCGACAAACGAGCCUACGGCCCCCGCUGGUUUUGACAUCAACACCCCGGACAGCCACGGAAGGACGUGCUUGCACGCCGCUGCCUCCGGAGGAAAUGUGGAUUGUCUAAACCUGCUAUUGCACAGUGGUGCCAACCAGAGCAUCAAGGACAAAUUGGGAAGAUCUCCAUUGCACUACGCUGCAGCCAAUGGGAGCAGCCAGUGCACGAUGGGCCAGGUCAGAGGUGGGGCCGAGGUGAACGAGGUGGAUCUGAUGGGCUGCACCCCCUUACACUACGCCGCUGCUUCCCACACCUUCAGCAGAGAGGACAGACAGGAUUCCGGUUAUUAUGACCAUGAGGAAAGGGCAAAGGAAGCCUAUUUAUGUCUAGAGUAUUUGCUUGACAACGGGGCGAACCCUGCCCUGAAGAAUGGCAAGGGAUACAGCGCCAUGCACUUUGCAGCAGCUUACGGCAACAGACAGCACCUGGAGCUGCUCUUGGAGAUGUCCUUUAACUGCCUCGGGGAGGGAGAGAGUAACCUUCCCGUCAGCCCUUUGCACUUAGCGGCGUACAACGGCCACUGCGAGGCGCUGCGUGUGCUGACAGAGACGCUGGUGAGUCUAGACGUGCGAGACUCUCAGGGUCGCACCGCUCUGUACCUGGCCGCCCAGAGAGGCUUCGCCCGCUGUGUGGAGAUGCUGCUCAAGCACGGGGCCACCUGCCUCCUAAAGGACUACAGACGCAAGUGGACUCCUCUCCAUGCUGCAGCUGCUGAAGGCCACAUGGACUCUCUGCUCAUCCUGGUCAACAGAGAGGAGAGCGCAGAUAUUUUGGACAGCACCGACAUACAGGGACAGACUGCAUUAAUGCUGGCGGCCCUGGGCAGUCACACGGACUGCGUCCACAUCCUGCUGGAGAAAGGCGCUGCCGCCAAUUCAGCAGACAAGAAGGGCUGCACCGCCUUGCACAGGGCUGCCGUCAUGGGCAGUGAGGGCUGUGUGUGCGCGCUGCUGGAGCACGGGGCCGCCGCUCUGGGCAGGGACUCUCAGGGAAGGACCCCGCUGCACCAGGCGGCGUGCUGCGGCCACACCCAGCUCCUGGGCUACCUGAUCAAGGCCGCGGUGCAGGCGGACACCCUGGACUGCAUGCUGGACUUCAGUGGGUACACGCCCACCCACUGGGCGGCCUACCACGGUCAUGAGGAAUGCUUGAGAAUUUUACUUGAAAAUAAACCACUCACCAUCCAAGAGGGACACUCGUUCACACCUUUGCACUGUGCUCUAGUGAAUGGCCAAUGUGGUGCAGCCAAGCUGCUGAUGGAGAGUGGCGGGGCUCGGAUGGUCAACACCAGGGACCCUAAAGGAAGGUCCCCGCUGCACGCCGCUGCCUAUUCUGAAAAGGUGGACGGCCUCCAGCUGGUCCUGGACCAGGGGGCCGAGGUCAACGCCGUGGACGGCUCCGGGCGGUCGGCUCUGAUGGUGGCCGCCGACCGUGGACAGUCCAUGGCCGUCGAGAUGUUGCUCCAGCAGGCUAAGCCAGACCUGACCCUUCUGGAUGUCAACAAUAACACCGCUCUGCACCUAGCUUGCAGCAAGGGCCAUGAGAUGUGUGCCCUGUUGAUCCUGGGGGAGAUCAGCGAUACUUCCCUCAUAAACGCAGCCAACUGUGCUCUCCAAAUGCCCCUACACAUAGCAGCCAGGAAAGGUCUAGCCACAGUCGUCCAAGUGCUACUCAGCAGAGGUGCCGCUGUAAUGGCUGUAGAUGCAGAAGGGUGCACACCAGCCCUGUCUUGUGCCCCAAACAAGAAGGUGGCAGACUGUCUGGCCUUGAUCCUCUCCAUGAUGAAGCCUUCCCCUCCGAAAGAGGCCUCCAACUUCAACGCUAACCUCAAGCACUGUGGAAUCUCCAUGUUCUGCGGGGAUACCGGCAAUCUCAAUCACGCCUAUACUGAGAAGUGUUGCAGCAGUGUUGGCCUGCAGCACUGCCUUACUGAGUGAAGCCCCCUGCCCCCCCCCCCCCCCCAUGAUCCCCGUCAGUACCCAGAGGCUGGGUCCCUCUACAGUCAGCCGCUCCCACUCCUUUUCAUCAAUUAGAAGGAUCAAAUGUAAUUAUAAUAUAUGUGUGUGUGUGUGUGUGUGUGUGUGCAGGGGCAUUUAUAUAUCUGCACACAUCUUGUUUAAAAAGAAAAUCAACUUGUGGUCAACAAGUGAAAUUAUGCAAUUACACAUAUUUUUAUUAUGGUACUGUAUUACUUACAAAAGCAUAACCUUACAUUUUUUCCAAUACGAUCUUUGGAUGUUACAUUUCAAUUUUCUGAGAUGAGAUGUGAAGGAAUCUUGAAAUACUAUAUGUAGCAAUAUUCUGAAAGUAUUUUUCUAACUUAUUUAGUUACAAUUAUAGCUCACAAUCUCUAUAUCAAGUCGAUGUAAUAAUGAGUGUGAAUUAUAAGAGCACACCUAAACCGGUUUCUCAAUAGCUUGCAAAAUGUUGAUUGCCUUACUUAAAAUGAAUAUUGAUGUAAGCACAGUCGCACACGAAGACACACACGUAUGACAUAACUAAUUUCAAUAGUUUUGAGGUAAUAUAAUGGAUACAAUGAUAAGGAAAGAUGUUUGAGAGAUUCUAAAGCAACCUUUUUAGGGGGGAUAUUUUAAAUUGGCCUGUAGUUGAUUUUUGUAUUUUAAUGCAAAAUGUUCUACAAAACUGAUCAAAAAUCUACCAUCAUGUUGGGUUUGGAUACAAAUGUGGCUUUCUAAUUCAAAGCUGUAAUGGUAUGUCACUCUGACAACUAGACAAUGUCAUUAAGUUUUAUUAUACUGAGGCAAACACUACCGUCUGAAAUGUCUUCAGAAUCAAUUAUUCCAGUUUCUAAAAACACAAAAGCCAGUCCCUUUUGUAUAAUUGUUUAACAUUUGCAUACACGUUCUAUUUGUACUUGCAUAGUAAGCCAUUGAAGGUGCAGGUAUUUAAAAGCAAGGGUUCUGCAAUAGCUAUUAUAAAACACUAUAUUCACACUAAAUGUUCUGACUUAAGUGCUUCUAAAUGUCUUUCCAGCUGGGGAACAUUGAAUACUUGAACCAUGUCAUAAGUGUAUUUAUUAAUAAUAUUUCUGCUAAAAAUGUAAUUGCAUUUCUUGAGUCAUCUUUUUAGAGUGCAGGCUUGACUAGGAAUUGCAUUGAUUGGCUUGGCUCAACGUCAAGUAUACCAGACAGAUCUUCAUAGGAAUUUGUACAAAAUAAAUUCCUGAAUAAAAAAAGAGAAGUAA